AUGUCCCGCCCAACACAAGAAGAUUGGGAGAGAAUCCGGCGUCGUAUAAGCAAUCUCGACGCAACUCGCCAGGCACUUAUCGAGGAACGUAACUCUUUCACUGUAUUCCUUUGGCAAAUACGUCACACGCGUCUUCGAUCCUACGCAUUGGAAGAUAUUAUAAUGAAUAUGAGAGCUGAAAAAGAAAAUCGUAUCGCAGAAGUACGCAAACAAAUUCGCCAAGCUCGCAUGAUUGAGGAUAUUUACCGUAUGAUUGAAGAGGCCUGUCGCACCAUCGAUGAGUUGUCCGCAAUAUUGAACUCGUUCGAUAUUACUACUACAGAGGAAAAUAAAACUUCCAUGUCUUGA